AUGUCAAAAGGUACUCAGUAUUUAUUAGCGUUAGCAGCAACUGGUGGUGCAGUUUAUUGGUAUGACCAAAAUGUUCUGGAAAUCCUUCCAAGACAGCAAAGAAUUCCACCACAACCAGCAUCUACUGGCGAAAAGGUCAACCGUAACAUAAAUAGACAAGUUGAUAAGUUGGACAAUAAGAAAAACGAAUUAGUUGAUAAGGUUUCCAGCUUCACUGACCAACAGCAAAGAGAAGCGCAAAAGGCAUCGGAAUCGACACUUGACUCAAUUAAGAACUCGAGACUUGUUAACAGCAUCAGUGGCAGUGCCAAUGAUUCUAGAAGAAGAAUUGAGGCUAAUGUCGACCAAGACAAGAAUGUUUUGUACAAAUUGACUGACAAGUACAUUGACUUCGUUAAUGACAUUGGUGGUUCUACCAAGGGCCAAGCUGACCAAUUGAAGUCGACAGCAAGAAGCGACAGAAAGCGUGCUGAAGAUAAGGCCAAUUCGUGGUUCAACUGGUUCGGAGACAAGAAGGACGAAACAGCUAACAAUUUAGACAAUAACUACGACCAAGCUAAGAGAGAUGCCGAAAAGAAGAAGAAUGAAUGGUUCUCUUGGGGUUCUCAAAAGAAAGAGGAGGUUGCCGAUAGAACCAACGAAGAGGCAGAAAGGCUCAAGAAGGAGAAGAAUGCCUGGUCCGCAUGGGGUUCUAAGAAGACCGAUGAAGUAGCUGACAAGGCUGCAUCAGAGAAGAAUGCCUGGACUUCUUGGGGAUCCAAGAAGGCUGAUGAGGCUACUGACAAGGCUGAAGCAGAAAAGAACGCCUGGACCACAUGGGGAUCCAAGAAGUCUGACGAGGCUGCUGAUAAGGCUAACCAAGAAGCUGAAAGACUCAGAAAAGAAAAGGAUGCUUGGGCUUCAUGGGGAUCUAAGAAGGCUGAUGAAGCUGCUGACAAGCUCAAUGAAGAAACUGAAAGAUUCAAAAAGGAAUGGGAAAACCCAGACCCAUCAGGUAAAUCCGCUGCACAACAAUACACUAGAGGAGCAAAGAACUCUGAGAAAGCUUUCGGUGAUGCUGGUGAACCAUUGUCCGCCGCGUUCGUCCAAGGUAAAGAAAGAGCAAUUGGAAACUACGAAGCAGCCAAGAAAAACUUAGAUGACUUAACUAACAAGGCCAACGCCAAUGUUAAGUCACUUUUCCAAAAGCCUGAACCAUCAUCUGAUGAGAAAUUGAAACAAGCUCAGGAAGAUUUUAAUAGUGCAUUGCAUAACUUAAGAAGUUAUGGAGGCGAUGUUGUGGAACAAAUUGAAUCCAAAUUUAAGAGAAAUUAA